CCCGCCAGCAGAGUCUGAAAACAGCGCCCAAAAGACGGUAGUAGUUUCUACCAUUUGUUUCCGGUCAGAUUGUCAGAAUUUUUAAUUUAAAAAAGAAUCUUUGCAAACACAUAGGCUGAUGGCGUUACUGUAUUUAGACAUAUUCCCCAGGUGAGUACGAAGCUAAUGUACGAAGCCAGAAGUUCAUGCGGUUAGCUUACAGUUAGCAGCGACUCGAUUGUGUAAAAGUAGCCGCUGUGUCAUCUGAUGAUGAGCAUCCCAGUGAACCUUCAGGAUCUGCCCGCUGGUGUUUUCCAGGAAGUCUUCAGUCCCGAGAAUGUGAGAGGAAGGCAUGCAGGAACAGGAACGUCCCUCACGCCACUGAGCUUCCCUAAAUCUAGAUCGGCUCUGUGGGAUGGCAGCCCUGUUGGAGAAAAGCUCCACCUCCAGCUCUGCUCUCCCAGGAUGCCUCGCAUCCUCCUGCGUGAAAAAGCUCUUCGUUUGGCGCAGCGUCAUGCCCGCCACUGCAACAAGUCACAUGUUCCGUGCUUCUUCCUGGGCUCCGUGUCUGUGGAUGCAGAUGAGGAGGGUGUCACUGUGACUCUAGACCGGUUUGAUCCCGGCCGAGACCAGGCUGCUGUGUCAGGUCGUAUUCCUGCUGCCCCUCUUCCAGGAGACGUCCAGGUUCCUUGUUUAUUCUCCUCCCAGAAAACAUCUGAUGACCUCAUUCAGUCAGAGGCUGAGCUGUAUCGCUCCUUCACUGUGCUGCAGCGCCAUGUGAGCGGCCGACAGCCUCUCAGUCUGUCUCAACUCAUAAUGGUCAAAGGUCGUGUCAGCUGCCAGCAGCAGGCUGAUGCCACACUCUUCACUCUCAGCUGGUCAUCCAUCUGUCCGUCCAUCAGCUUGGACGUCCAGCCAGUCCGAGCCAUCCCCAUCAUUCCUACGGCGCUGCUCAGGAGUCUGACCAGUUUGGGCCAGAUGCGGCCACCCCACAACAGCCACCAGCGAGGGUUUGUGACCAUGGAUCAGACCAGGAAGCUGCUGUUGCUCCUGGAAUCUGACCCCAAAGCUUCCAAGCUGCCACUCGUCGGACUCUGGCUGAGUGGCGUCACCCACGUGUAUAAUCCCCAGGUGUGGGCCUGGUGUCUGAGGUUCCUCUUUGGCUCUGCCCUGCAGGACAGGGUUCUGUCAGAAAAUGGCUACUUCCUGCUUGUCAUCUUUGGCUCCACCCACCGAGUCCCUCAGUUCUUUCAGUGUCGAGGUUCUGAUUCUGGUCGUGGACAACUGCACUGCCAGUUGCUAAGCGCCUCCCAAGACAUCACGCUCUAUCAGCAGGUGGCGUGCGCAGAUGUUCAGACUUUACACUUUGAGCUAAGUCCAGAACACCACGUGAGACAGAUCGAAGUGUUUCGACAUGCUCAGACCUCCUUCAGCAGCGGAGCUCCGCCCACUGCCGCCCUGUCUGUUAGUGACCAUGACUCAGGAGUAGAGGACGAAGACGCCUCACCGCGACCGUCACCAAGUCCACACCUUCCUGUUCAACAGACUCGACGAGUUCAGCCGUCAGUUCCGGAACUUUCGCUGUUGAUUGACAGCAGUUUCACCUCCAAUCACAAUGUGUGGCAGGAUACUAACUCUGCCCACAAGCUGCCCGCUCCCACAGGAAAUGCUGCCUCCGUUGCUCCUCCCCCUCACAUCCAUAGUACCCCCAAUCCGAAUGUCCCUCAGCCAUGCAUCUGCUGCCCCCCACACACCCAUGACUGCACCCCGGUGGUCCCCUCUAAGGUCCAACCCCCUCUCCAAACGUCUGCCCCGUCCAGUCUUCACCCUGUGCUUCCUGUUGUUCCUGUUGCUCCCCCUCUUUUGCCUGACUCCGCUGGGUCCUGUUCCAGCAUCCUUCCUGUUCCAGUGCCAAAGAAUGAUGACCACCUGAUAUCCCCCACCUGGCUCGCCCGCCCCUGUGAUGUGAAUGGACCACAGGCAGGGGGGGUUCCAUCUGAUGCUUACCAGCUCCUCCUCCAUAACGAUCAGCAGAUCCGCCUCCUGCAAGCUCAGGUCAAGAUGCUGCUAGAGGCUCAGGUGAAGCUUCAGGGAGACCCACAGACCCCCAAGACCAGGACCAGUAUCGCCGUGGCAACAGGUGCCAGUCUCUUCUGGGGGGAUGAGACCCCUCCUCAUCAGGACCCUCCCAAUAUUAUUAACAGACCACAUGCUCCUUCCUCCUCCUCGCCUUCUCCUGCCUCGCAUGACCGCUCUGCCACCAGGUCAGUGGGUGGAGCUGAAAACAGUGAUGUCACAGACCAGGAAGCUCCUUGUCCCACUUCCAUCCAUCACAGUGUUGACGGCCCGCAGGCAACAUUUGAGGCAGAGAGUGGUGGUGAGUCAGCUGACGGCCAGCAGAGUUUCUUGGGCAACCUGAUGACGCAGCUGACAAGUCGUCUUCAGGAGUCAGACAGCAGACAGGAAGAGGAUGAGUCCAGGAGGAGGAGCCUGUCGUCGGCAGCUGAUUCCACUCAUCCAUCCAGGAUGAAGAAGAAGGUCCAGGGGGCCGUGCAGCAGCGAGAUGCGGACGUCCUGACAUCUGAGGACAGCAUAGUCCAGCAAUGCAUGGCCAGCAAAAGCACGCUAGUGUCAGAGGCGGUGUGCAGCAUGGAGGUCCACCUGCGUUGUCACAGCCACAAGGAGCUCAGCAGGCUGUCCAUGGGAGGCCACUCCUCCGUGCCAGUCCUCACCUCCUUCAGUCCCACCUCCUCACCGCCUCCUUCCCUAUUCCACCACCCAAGCGCCUUGCUGUCACCUAGCAAUAUGUCCAUGGCCACCAGGGAGUUCAUGGGGAGGCGUGGUCUGAUCCAAGAGGAGGAUCAAGAGGAGGACAUCUUGAAAGCGUUGCCACGCCGGCCACUGACUAAGAGCACCAACCAGAAGCUCCCCCCGCAGAGUCAACUUAUCAGAGACCUGCGGCCCAAAAUGCAGCUGUUGGUCGACAACAUCAACGAGGACAAGGAGAAUGUCGCUGCCUUGCCGCCAUCUUUAGCCCAAACCAGUAACCGUCAAAGGGAAGGGUCAGUGGGGAACAUUCUGGACCUGAGCCGACUCAGACAGCUGCCCAAACUCUUUUGACCCCGCCUCCUUGCCUGUGUCAGCUGGUCACAUGAUUUUAAUACAUAUUUAUGAUUUACAAAUAAAGUUAAUUGAUGAUAGCACUCACAUUGUUUUCUGUGUGGAUAGAACCGAUUGUGUUUCCGCUAGG